AUGUUCAUAUCCCUUCUUACUGUCUCCUCUAUAUUUGCCGUUGCGGCUGCUUUCCCAGCUAGCGAUGGAAGCAGUACCGUCGCACCUAGGGCCGGGAAUUAUAUUGUACAGAAAGAAAUUAGCGGUACCUGUUGGUAUCCGCCCGGGAGCACAUCGAAUUGCCCAACCAAGUCGCAACUGAUCACUGGCGAUGUUGACAACGGCGAGCGCACAGGAAUAAUUCUGCAAAACUUGGACUUUUCCCCGAGGAGCUUCUUCGUGUACAAGAACAGCUGCGAAUGCAUGCCAGUAAAGUACAUUACGAUUGGGGCGGGACUCAAACGCUUCGUCGCCUUCGACCCCGGCUUCCAGGGACGCAUUGUGCGCGGGACAACCAAUGCUAAUCUCGACGGCAAAUCACACGCCCUGGGCACGUGGAUGGAGUUCUCAUGGGACCUCGAUGACGGCACGGGCUGGGCCGACGUCUCGUUGAUCAAGGGCUGCGAUGGUGCUGUCGACGUGGAGGCUCUGGAUGACCUCGGGGCGAAGACAGGUUUUAGCGAUAAUGUUCUCGACGGUGCACCGCAAGAAGCCUAUAAGCAAAAGUCCUCGUCGAAAGAACUAGUCAUCAUGGAGACCGAGAGCCUUACCAACGCUACUGUGAUCAAUACCGCGGCCAGGGAUUGGCUUGCGGGCAAGCUAGGAUACAAGAAAGCCUACGUUGAUGACCAUCAUGGCAAUCCUGACAUUUGCUCGACAAACGGACGUUUCCUCAUCAGAUUCUGGCCAGGACGACCAUGA